GCAUUAAAUAAGCAAAUAAAAUUCUUAAAAGAAUGUCUGAAAAGAAUUGAGAAGAGAAAGGAUAGGGAGAUUGAUCUAAUAGAAUGUAUAUUAACAGCAGAAAAUGGUAAAAAAAGUUUGGGUGGUGAUUUCUCCGAUCAUGAUCAUGAAAAUUCGACAAAAUUUGAUGCUAGUUCAUCAAAAAUUACUGAUUAUGAUAAAGCAUCAAAAUCUAAGUUCUUGUUUAGGUCUCCAUCUAGGACUGCAUCCAAUAAAAAUGAUGUUUAA